CUGAAUGCCCUGCUUUAGAAAUAAAGUUUAAAACCCGCGUGCAUUGUGGUGACUGAGAUUCCGUUUGAUCUUCUUGUGCUGUAAUUAUUUUUACGUUUUGUUUGUGGGGUUUUUUCUUUUUCCUUUUUUUUCCUGUCCUUUUUCGUGGUGCAUUAAUGCCGGUGGGGGGUGAGGAGAACCGGCGAUCCCCGCGCGCUCGCGCUCCUUUGCUGCCCAUAAAACGCAGCGCGUGCUGAGUGACAGCAGCGCAAAUGGGGCGGAAAAUUAAAGCAUCUUUCGCUGAGGGGUAAAAAACGAGAAGCCAAAGAGAAACGAGACGAGCACGUGCUCAGAAAAUGAGCUAAAAUAUUGCAGAUAUACAUCAAACCAAAGAUAUAUAUAUAUAUUUUCCGACGGUGUAGCGCUGCUUUCCUCUUUAUAUUCUGUUUUUUUUUAUUUUUAAAAUUUUACUUCAUUUUAAUUUUUUUUUAUGUGUAAUAUUACGCGGACCAAACUGCAGGGAAGCUCAGGAGAGAUCAAAAGAUUUCUCCGAGCAGAGAGACAUGCAGAGGCAGCUGCACGAGAGCGCGGUCGGAGUUGCCCCUCGUGUCCCAGGGGACGCGGUUCAAUCGCCCCCUGAUGUCACCGAGCGCAAAACGUUCUGCCCUGCGGAAAAGAAAUCCGGAGAAACGGAUUCCAAUAAAGUGUACGGGACGUUUCCGAGCGGAGCGCCCGUUCCUCCCCCGGUUCCUGCCCCUCAUAAGGAUGCCUCCGGGCCGUUUUUACCCCAAACGGAUAAAGCCAUGUCGCAGAAUAACUGCCCCUCCUCCGCGAAACAAGGGGCAAUGGUGGUUCUGGGCACAGAUGGCACUGCGUCUGUUCAGCUCAACCGGGAGGAACAAGAUGAUGAUGACGAAGAAGGUGAUGAGAAUAAAGCAAGAGGAAACUGGUCCAAUAAGCUGGAUUUUAUUCUCUCUAUGGUGGGUUAUGCUGUGGGUUUAGGAAACGUGUGGAGGUUUCCAUAUCUCGCCUUUCAAAAUGGAGGAGGUGCGUUUUUGAUCCCGUACCUGAUCAUGUUGGGUCUCGCUGGAAUUCCCAUCUUCCUUUUGGAAGUUUCUUUGGGCCAAUUUGCCAGUCAAGGACCCGUUUCCGUAUGGAAGGCUAUUCCAGCUUUACAAGGUUGCGGGAUUGCCAUGUUGAUUAUAUCAGUCUUGAUAGCCAUAUACUAUAAUAUAAUAAUGUGCUGGACUCUGUACUACCUGUUCGCUUCGUUCACUUCGUUGAAGGGCUUAUUGCCAUGGACUUACUGUACAAACGAAUGGAACACAGCUGAGUGCAAAGACAAAGACAUGAUGCAGCUAGAUUCCUGUAUCCUUCGAGACAGAAACAUCACCUCCAUUAGGAACACUACAUUUUGUUUGUCUGCAAAUGCUGCUGGGAGUUUAAGCAAGCUGUUAAAUAUCACAACGGAUAACAGAACCUAUGUCAGCCCCAGUGAAGAAUAUUUCAAAUAUAAUGUGUUGCACAUUUCCAAAGGGAUUGAGUAUCCAGGAGAUAUCCGCUGGCCCUUGGCUGCUUGUCUUUUUCUGGCAUGGCUCAUUGUGUAUGCUUCCCUGGCUAAAGGAAUCAAGUCAUCAGGCAAGGUGGUGUAUUUUACAGCUACCUUUCCAUACGUGGUUUUGGUGAUUUUGUUGAUCCGUGGUGUGACGCUGCCUGGUGCAGGAUCCGGUAUCCUUUACUUCAUUACACCGAAAUGGGAAAAACUCAAUGAUGCCAAAGUAUGGAAGGAUGCUGCCACUCAGAUCUUCUUCUCCCUCUCUGCAGCGUGGGGAGGGUUAAUCACUCUCUCCUCAUACAAUAAAUUUCAUAACAAUUGUUAUAGGGACACUAUAAUAGUGACGUGUACAAACAGCGCUACCAGUAUUUUUGCUGGUUUUGUGAUUUUCUCUGUCAUCGGCUUCAUGGCUCAUGAGCUUAAGGUGCCGAUCGAAAGAGUGGCAGAUGAAGGUCCUGGCAUUGCAUUUGUGGUUUAUCCAGAAGCCCUCACCAGGCUGCCAAUCUCACCAUUUUGGGCCAUCAUUUUCUUUCUCAUGCUCCUCACGCUUGGACUGGAUACCAUGUUUGCAACCAUCGAGACUAUUGUGACAUCUGUAGCUGAUGAAUUUCCCAAAUAUCUGCGCAAGCACAAGCCUCUCUUCACCCUGGUGUGCUGUGUGUCCUUCUAUAUUCUGGGCUUCCCGAUGAUAAAUGAGAGUGGCAUGUACAUGCUUCAGCUGGUUGAUACCUAUGCAGCUUCUUAUUCUCUCGUCAUCAUAGCCAUCUUUGAGCUAAUUGGAGUUUCUUACAUCUAUGGCUUGCAGCGAUUCUGUGAGGACAUAGAAAUGAUGAUUGGUUUCCAGCCGAACAGGUUCUGGAGGAUGUGUUGGGCUUUUGUAACACCUACCAUUCUCACAUUUAUUUUGGCGCUGAGUUUGUACCAGUGGAAGGUGAUGACCUAUGAGGACUACACCUACCCCACCUGGUCCAUGGUGCUUGGCUGGCUCAUGGUCAUCUGCUCUGUAAUCUGGAUCCCCAUCAUGUUCGUCAUCAAGAUGCACCUUGCUCCAGGAACCAUCAUCGAGCGAUUGAAGCUUGUAUGUUCUCCUCAGCCAGAUUGGGGUCCUUUCUUGAUGAAGCAUCGCGGUGAGCGAUAUAAAAACAUGAUUGACCCACUUGGAACAAAUUCACUGGGGCUCAAACUUCCUCCUAAAGACUUCCAGCUGUCUGGCCCUUGACCUCUAAUCCAUGACCGUCGCCCUCUGACCUUUUGACUUCAUUUGUCUACCCUCAAUUUCUAUUAAUUCCUCAGUACGCACUAAUCAACAGACUUGGCUCGAACUCACUGGGGGCUUAAACUCUGUUUAAACUCUUCCAGCCACUUUGACCGUUGUUUCUUCAACUUCAAUUUUCUACCUUCAAGUUCUUCUUAUUCCUUCCUCCUAGCAGGAAAAACCUCUUUCUCUUAUAACUUUUCCACUCUUUCCCAUGUCUUCACUGUUCCCUCUUCUCUCAAAAUCUCAAGUUCUUUUUCUUUCUUCUGGGCUGCAAAGCCGCUAUCAUUUCAGUGGUGGAUAUCUUGUACACACCCUUCUGCAUACUUUUUUCACCCUCUCAUACACAAACAAACUGUCCUGAAAAUCCCCAAAUCACAUAAGGAAGAUGGACUUUUAUUUAUAUUUAAAGGCUUAUUCCUUCUCUUUACCUGCUCUUUAAAUCCGUAACUUUGUGCCUCUGACCUCUUCUGAAUAUACCAAUAAUAGUUUUUAUUUUGUGCAGCACUUUUCUGUCAUUUAAGGUUGCUGUACAAUUCAGAAUAAAUAUAAAGCUAGAAGAACAGCAUUAUGCUAGCUUAUAAAUCCUAUAUUCUUGCAUUACAAGAAGCACAAAGCUAGUUGCUGAUUUCUUUCAAUUAUUUAAUCUCUAAAAACUGUAUGCACAUUAAUCUCUCACAUUAAAUAGCAGACAAUUUCAGCCAUAAUGUUAAGAAAACUACUCAGUGGCCAGGUAGCAUUUAUUUGUGAAAGCAUAUAUAUUUAACGCUACAUGUCUGUGGUCUUUACUUGGAUUUGCUGUGUCUUUUAUGCAAAAAGGAGAAUCUUUAUGAUAUAAAUCCAUAUACAUGUUUAAAAUCUACACUGACAUUGUGGCAUGUGUGCUAACAUGUGUGUCGUUAGCUGUGCGGCUGAUAAAUAUGAUAUUUAUAUAUUUUAGAUAGUCGUAGUUAGUUAAGCUGUGUGUUAAAUGUCAUCGCCUUCCUUCAAUGUCAGUAGAUUACAAAAGUAGUUAUUUGUCUCUGAGUAAGGUGUUUGGGGAUAUUUCUCCUUCUCUUUCACAUCUGUCGUCGAAGUCUUGCCAUGAAACAGGGUCUCAGGUAUAAUUGUCAUUGGCCUUAUUUUUCUGAAGAAGUAGAUUCAUUUAUCCUUUUUACUUGCAAAAACUCUAAAUUACUUUUGGACUUUCAAAUGCUUCUAACAUAAAAACAGGUUUCAGAGAUGGAUAAUGACCCUAUAUAUUUCUAUAAUCAAAUUUCUAGCGAGAUAAUAAUGUGCUUUUCCUCACUGAAUGAUGAAAGGGUGAAUUUAGAUUAUUCAGACCCAUAUCUUUCUUUAAUAUUUAUUUAAAUGCAGAAGAAUAGCUACAAAUGAGAACAGCAUACCUGUCGUCACUUGUUGUUAGCCAACAAUAAUCAAAAAGAUGGUGUACAGACAGUGCACAUAGACACUGUACUGUAGACUAUUAAGUAGCUAGCUUAUAGCAUGCUAGCAAAAAAUAGGUCACUUAGUGAUAACAUAAAUCAGCACACUAUACUAAAGCCUGAUAGGGGACGCAGGAACGUUAAAGACAUAUGACGUCUAUGUUACAGAUAUAGUAAGUAACUUUCACUUCAUGUGAAGGUUACAUUCUUUAACCAGUUCAUAUCUCACAUCCAUGAUUUAGUGAGACAUCUGAUGUAUAAUAACACAGACAAUAACACUAUAUCGUCUCUGGUCAAUAGUCAUAUUCACACCUGGGGACAAUUCUUAAACAUUUGAAGCCAUGAGGAAAAUGACCUUGUACUACAACUCAGAGGUUUAAUAUAUAUAUAUAUGUAUAAUUCUAAAGCAAUCAACGAUGAUUAUCUAAAAAUAGCUACAAAAGCUGAAGCCUAACACUAAGAUUUACAGGUGUGUCCAGAUUCACCGCAUGCUUUCUCACACCGUGAAAUGAAGUUUGACUUGCAAUCAUAUGUCAUAUGUUAGACUCUAAAGAUGAGGUGUCAUGAGAAAAAAAUAAUAGUAUAUAUAUAAAUAUAUUCUAUGUAUAUGAAUUGCUUUAAGUAUUUAGUACCACAAAAUUUGUGUGUGUGAGUGUGUGUCUGCGUGUGUCUAAAAGUGCAUUCCUUAGUAACUAUGUUCCUAAAUAGCCAUCUAGUGUUAGCAGCCUGGGAUAGACGGCAGAUAAUGAAAAAUAUCUGACAGUCAGUGUAGCCUAUAUAGUGCAAAAAUACCUUGUUUAAAUAUCUGCUUUUCCCUCAGGAAAAAAUGCAGGUUUGUUAGAAAGCUCCAAGAAACUGGACAGACGAGUCAAAUGGCCUCUUUAUAUAUUUAUCACUACUCAGUGCUGUGGUAAUAUUGUACCAUUUCUCAUGCUUACAAUAGGCAAAAACAGUAAAAUAUCAUUAGAGUCCACAAAAUCAGGUAAUAGCUUCCUGGGGCAAUCCUGCUGUUAUGCCAUGUACUGUAUAUCAUUCAAGUGAACUGUGGACGGCUUUUGCCAUGACCCAUCCAUGUCUUGUAUGUUAAUAUGUCUAGACAUGUGUCUUUAAGAAAAUGGCGCACAGUUCAGGUGGAAUAAUGUCCCAGACAAUGCAGUAUAAAAUUAUGUUAUAUGGGGCAAUAGAGAAAUAUUAGUAUGAUACCAUACUUCAGUUAAACAUCCAUCAAAGCUUAAAUUAGACAGUAAUGAACUCACUCGAACAGACUGAUCCAGAACUAUCUGGAUGUGGAUUUUAGUCACACAUUGCUCAGACCCAAAGAGACCAUUUAUGCAGGUGCACUAUUUUUUUUAUCUGAUGAAGGCAGUGUGAGAAUUACAAGCAUCAUCAGCCUUGUGAUUGGUAAGGGCCAUGAUUAAGCAAGCUUUACACAAGAUUACCCCUGAACGCUCCAUCAAAAGGGAGAUGUUAGGACAAAAUUCUGCUUGUAGACAUUGGAUAGUCAUUUUUAUACUGCAUACAGUGAAACAAGAUCAACAUUAAUGAUCAUGCAUUUUGGUCACUGAAAUCACAACCUGGGGAAUUUAAUGCAAUGUCCUGUCCUAUAGUCCAUCUCAAACAAAACAAAACAAUAUCACUUAUCUUCAUUAUGUUUAAUAUAAACAUAGACAUAGACACAUAAUCUGUAAAUUAAUUGCCUUGUAUAAAUAACAUACAAUGUUCUGCCUAAAUGUUCUGGAAAUGAAAAAUAUCUAUGAUGACAUUCAGUGUGUACUGGAUAAGCUAUAUAGUGCAAAAAUGUCAUCUUUAAACGUCUGUUUUUCCUCCAGAAUGCAAAGUUCAGAUUUGCUAGAAAACACUUUUUGGCAAGUUGACUAGAGACUCAAGAGAUUGUGUGAGAGCCUCUUCAUAUAUUUAUGUCUUUAUAGCUCUAUAUUUCUGAGGGCAGACCAUGUCUUCAACUAAAUGGGUUGGAGAGUCACUGUAGAACUGCAAUAAUGAAGGAGAACUCUGUGAUGUGAGCUGAAGUUCUGGACAGCUUCUGCUUUGAGCUAGAUUGACAGGCCCCCCAAUGAGACGUCCUGGGUACAAGUUGUUGAAUAGUGGAGGAGGUAGGGAGUGCAGGAACUCUGCCACAUGUAGAGAAAGGGAGGAAUGGAGAUUUGUAGGCAGUUUAUAGGCAGUUAACUACAAAGAACUUUAGAUGUGCUCUUUUUCCAAAACUUCAAUUAUUUCAUAAAUUCAUUUCAAAUGUCUGAACACCAUAGCCAAACACAACAGUAUUUACACAGUGCAGAAAGCAGAGCAAAUAAAAAUUGUUCAUAAUAUUCAUCUCCAUAUAUAGAGUGUCCCAAAUGCUAGCAUAUAAUAUGAACAUCGUCUCUUACUGUAGAGGAUUUACUGUAGCCUGUUAAAUAGCUAGCUAACAGCAUUCUAGCCUUCUAAUAGUUGGCUAAUAAUAGGCUAGGGUUUAGGAUGCAUCCAAAGAAAGAAGAGUAAUUAGAAAAGAUUGUCAUAGCCUGCAAGAGCUUAGAAUGGAGACUAUGACUUGUAAUAGUUUUGUUGAGCAGUGAUGUAAUAUUCAGCAUAAAAUUUCGCUCUCUCUAGGCCUAACGUCUCUCCUUUCUCUGAAGCCCACCUGCAAAAUAAAAACACAAGGACACUAAAUAAAUAGCUAGCUGACUGACUUGCAUGCGCUGUUUGUGUUUAUCUGUGCUAUUCCAGUGUUCUUUUGUCCUCUUCUUUAUCUCCUUUUCUCUCUCCCUUUCUCCUUCUUUCUCUCCUUUGCAUGCAUUCCUCACAUCAGGACAAGCUGGCUUUAAUUUUUUAAUAGAUUUUUUUCCCCUUCUUAAAAAAAAAAAACAAUAAAAAAUUAAUAAAUAAAUGCCUAUGGUCCAACAAGGGCCAGUAGGUUACCAAAGAAGGAGAAUUUUGUUAAAUAUUUAUUAAAUAAAAGAUAAUAUCUACAUAUAAACUAUAUAAAUAGCCUACGUAUAUAUAUGAAGAAGACAAUAUUAAGCUAUGUGUUUAGGAGACAGAGAUACUGCCACUCAUUUUCCAUGUAGUGCUCACUGAUGUAUGUUCAGGUCAAUCAGCCUUAUAGGUAAUUAAAAAAAAAUAUAUCAUAUGUAUUUCAAAAAUAUCAAUACCAAGUAGCUUCUAGUCAGUCAUAUAUCUCCAUAUAGAUCUCUAAUGUAAUGUCUGUUGUGUCUUUUGGCACUUUAUUGUGGACCUAUCAUUGCAUAGGUAAAAUCUCUAAUUACAUAUGUAAUAUAUAUUUCUGUGUGUUUUAUUAAAGAGAGGGAAAUCUGCCUAUGGAUACAGAUACGUACCUCCAACACAUCAUAAUAUGGGUUUAAAAAUACAAAUAUAUAUGUAUAAAUGAAAAAGAUAUAUGUGUAUAGGUUUAAAAUCCUGUGCCACAAAAUAAUAUCAUGUAUGUGAAAAUUUAUUUUAAAUGUCAUUGAGGCCCUACCUCAGAUUUUUGUAUUUAUGUAUAAAAAUGCGACUAUAGUAUCUUUGCCAAUAAUGUAAUAAAAACCAGAGUAAUCAGAAAAUGUAUAAGCUCCAAACUGAGAAAUAAAUGUCAAUGUUUUCAACUUCAAAA